CCAUUGGCAUGUUCAUCAACAAGAAAUUAUCUACUAGAGCUUUGAAAACACUCUUCUCUUAGAGCUAACCAAUUAAGCUUCAAUAUUCUGACCCAAGAAAGAUGGCACAACACAACCUCUCAUCACUUGCCAUUUUCUUUUUUCUCCUUUUUUCAAGUCUUGCCAAAGUUGAGUCAUCCUUGGCAAGGAGCAAUUCCAAAUCAAAGACCGACAUAGAGUCAUCUUGCGAGGGCACCCUCUACCCUGAGAUUUGCAUUCGUUACCUUUCCAAAUUCGGCACCAAUCCAAAUUCCACCACAGGUGGUCCUCAACGCUUAGCGCAUAUUGCCUUGUCAGUGAGUCUUGCUAGAGCAGUGCACACAAGAGGGUACUUGUUGGAAAUGGCCAAGGAACUCAAGGAAAUCGAGAACAAAAAGGUGUACCUAACCGUGCAAGAUUGUGUGAAUCAAAUCAACGAUAGCGUGGACCAGCUUAGCCAAGCCAUCCGAGAACUACGCCGGUUGGACAAGUUUGGCUCCGCCAUCAAUGAUAAAAUGUUGUGGCACAUUAGCAACGUUGAGACAUGGGUGAGCACAGCCUUGACAGAUGCUAGCAGUUGUGUGCAGUCUUUCCCAGGUCAUAGGAUGAGCAAGAAGAUAGCUUCAAUUAAGGUUAAGGCCAAGAAUGUAGCAGAAGUCACUAGCAAUGCACUAGCUUUAUUCCAUAGAUACGCAACUGCGUACCGCCAAGCAGCUGCAGCUAGAACUACCAAGAAGCCAUGAAAGCUAUAAAUUAAACGCUAGUCUAUAUAUCACCCUCUGUUGUUUUCUGUACAUGAUACAUACAUGUUUUUUCUUUGGAGGGUUUCGAUCGUUGUUCAUCAAGUGUCUAUAUAUGAAUGUAUAAAUAAUUUAAUUUUAUUA